CAGCCCGCCCCGUAGGCUCCCGGCCCCCCGUGCCACCCCCAAGUACUCCACAUACCCCGAUGGGGUAACGUGACGGGGGUCACCCUCCCGCCACCACCACCCCCCAUAUGCAGAGGCCUUUCUAGAGAGCCAGGGAGCGUGCGGCACCGGAGGCGGCAGCCGCUCGCCGUCACACACACGCCGAGGACGCCGACACUACAGCAAAGGGAUUUUUUUUUUAAUUAUUAUUAUUAUUAAUAUUAUUAUUAUUAUUAUCAUUAAUAUUAUUUUUUCCCAUCUGGCUUUUUCCCCCGGGGGGGCUUGCGGUGUGUCGAGGAAGCCGGCGCACUCCCAGGAGCUGGGAUUAUUUGCACAAGUCUGUAUAUUGAGUUCUCGAUCCCGUUUUAUUUUUAUUUUUUAAGCGCAGAGGGGCUGUUGUUUUUUUUUCCCCCUCCACACCACACUUUCCUUGGCUUUUUUUUCCCCCACCACUGUCAACACCACCUCACCCUCCUCCCAGCCCACCAUGGCCCGGAUGAACCGCCCUGCGCCGGUGGAGGUCUGCUACAAAAACAUGAGGUUCCUGAUCACCCACAACCCCACCAAUGCCACACUCAGUACUUUCCUGGAGGACCUGAAGAAAUAUGGUGCCACCACGGUCGUGCGAGUGUGCGAAGUGACAUAUGACAAGACCCCCCUGGAGAAGGACGGCAUCACUGUCAUGGAUUGGCCGUUCGAUGAUGGAGCGCCUCCUCCCAGCAAGAUAGUGGAAGAUUGGCUCAACUUGUUGAAGACCAAGUUCUGCGAAGACCCCGGCUGCUGCGUGGCCGUGCACUGCGUGGCCGGCCUGGGCCGCGCUCCCGUCCUCGUCGCGCUGGCCUUGAUUGAGAGCGGGAUGAAGUAUGAAGAUGCCAUCCAGUUCAUACGACAGAAACGCAGAGGAGCUAUCAACAGCAAGCAGCUGACGUACUUGGAAAAAUACCGACCAAAGCAGAGACUCCGUUUUAAGGACCCUCAUAACCACAAGAACAAAUGCUGCAUCAUGUAACCUCAACGACCUCUUGCCAAAAUCCGUGCACACAGACACCCGGGCACUCGCACGCAUCCCACCCCCUCACCUCCUUGCCCAGCCCCGUGCACCCCACAUGCCGCCCCUCUGCCAGGGCUGGGGUGGGGGGACAUGGAGCACCAUCAACGUGUUCCAGCACCCACAGCACGGUCGUCUUGCCAGACCCCUGAAAAAGGCUGCUCUCUCCAGCCACAGCCCCGAAGAGAGAAGGCAGCACUGCCCUUUGACUCUUGGCAUUAGCAGGCAAUGAGUUCAUGUGACGGUUCUUCAUCACCUUCCUCGUCCUCCCUUUCCCCUCCCCUUGCACUGAGAGGGAUGGGCAAAGGGUGCUUGGUUUGGGGUGAUGCAGGCAGGGGUGUACCAGCUGAGAAGGGGUGGGGAGCAGGAGGGCUGGAGCACCCCCAGAAAAACCCUUUCCCACCUCUUCUCUAUAAAUAAGGGCUGCAGCAGCGGGGACGGAGGUGGGGAUGGUGCAGUAGCCUUGGGGUGGAGAUGGUGAUAGCAGGAAGAGGUGAAUGGGGCUCACAGCUUGGUGCUGGCCUUGUGGCCACAGGAAGGGCUGAGCUGAGUCCCCCUAACACCAUUCCCUUUCUCCUGGCCCUUCUGCCACUUCACCAUCUCCCCUUUGCCUCUGUGCCAGCCAGGAUGCUGCAGAUGCGGUGUGUUGGGGGCGUGCUAUGAAACCUGGGGACCAUGGCAGGGCUUUGAGGCACGCAGCUUUGCCAGGGUGCAGGGUCUGCACUGGGUCCCCCAAAGUGUGGGGUGCUCUUAUUUAUAGCUUCCAAAUUCAAUGCACAGGGUGGUGGGUUCUUUCCUGUCAUGUCCCUGUCACUGAG